AUGGGAGACAUCGCUCCCAAAAAGGGCAAGGAGAAUCGCAUUCCAUCUCGACCACGAGCCCGCCAUCAUGCGCCUUCGGUGAGGCGGCCAAAGGUCUCGGUCACAUUCAUCAAUUGCGACAACAAGUCAUGGCGAUCGACGGGACAUCAGUCGCAAGUAGCCCUUUCCCACGCAGCUCUAGUGUCGCAUAGCCGUCGGAAAACCCAUGGCUUCGGACAAACGAACCCCCUUCCAACCAAGCACAACUCGACAUGGGUACCGGACUCGACCUCAAAAACUGCAGAUGAGGGGGAUAAUGAUGACGAAGUUGCUCUCGCCAGCGCCGACAAGAAAUGGAAAGUCUGGACACCGCAGAGCGUCCGCCAACGACACGAGAGACGCACACACAACAAGGGGGAACACAAGUCGGCCGAUCUUUUCGAGACGGCAUUUGUUGUCGCUUGCAGGGUGCUGGGUAGCAGCGACCCUUUCGAUGUAGCAGCGCUCCCUCUAUCGCCUCGAGAUUCUCACCUAAUCCAACUUGCACACUCGUUCGGUCUCUUCCUAGGCGGCUCGGCCACUCCAGACAAGCUCGUUGCGCGGGACAUAGCGGACAGCUGGGUCUCGGAUUUCCAGUUGUCCUUGUCUAAUAAAUCUUUGCUCCAUGCCCUCAUCGCCCUAGGGGCCUCGAUUUGCGCCGGGGGCAGCAGCGAAAAAAACGACUUCUACCUUGCGUACGCCGCCAAGCACAAAUUAGUCGCCAUCUCCAGCCUCCGCGAUAUUUCGACGGAGCGGCUCCGGAGUUAUCGUACCCUGAUUCUGAUCCGGCUGCUAGUGGCGUGCGAGUUCUACAAUGAAGACAUCGCGGCCGCGGAUGUGCACCAGAAAGCGCUGCACCACCUCUUUGGCGACAUGACGAAAGCCAGCGGUAUCUCCCACUUAUCCACGGGCGCAAGCGACAUCUGGACGGCGGGGAUUCGGGGCCAUCGAACCCGGGCCAGAGAAGGAGAUCAUGAUCCUGGUCCCUGGCGUCAAUGUUUCUCCGCUGCUGCGUUCAGGCUGGUGAGAGAAUACGCAUCGGCCUCCGAUUCUAUUCUACUGGACUCCGACUCAAUCGAUAGCUCACUCCGCUUCAACGUCAAGAUCUUAGCGAUCGUCCAAAGAAUCAGAGACAUUACACUCAUCAAUGAUGCUGCCAAACAGUCUCGUUGGAAUGCAGAGAACCGUGACGUGGAGCAUGAAAUCAAGCAGUGGCUGCAUUUCUACCGUGUCGAGACUUCGAAGCUUCUAAACAAUGUAGCCGUGGAUCACGCAGAGGUGUUGUCCACGACAAACCUGGCCUCGGGCUUUGCCGGAUAUCAUGCGCUGAGCUGCGCCAUGGCGCUUGCUCUACGGUGCCAGUGGCUGCUCAUUAGCCAAAUCAGUUCUGUCGCACCAAUUCAGCUUCGGUACUGGGACAUGAAUGCGAAUGCGACACAGGAAAGGCUUCUCAAGGCCAUCCAAAUCUGCGAGAAAGGCUCGAUUAAACAAGAACAAGAGAACGUCUGGUUCUACGUCCUGUUCGUGCACGCCAUCUUCUCGCAAUACCUGAUGCAAAUCAAUACGUUCGUGGCCGUGAAAGAGAAAGGGUCUCCCGCGGCGGCUACCUACGGCGACGCGCGCGGCGAGGCCCUCGAAAGACUCAAGCGGCAGAAGCUGCGCCGCGGACUCCGCGGAGUGUCGGAAACGAAGGAAAUACUCGCUGGAUUCUGGCCUCACAAGUGCUACACCGAUGCCCGCUUCAGCGAGGUUUGGCAGGUCUUGAGCUAG